UCUUCAAACUCAGUUUUGGUUUGGCGACGACGCGCUGUCGUUUUCUGUUGAAGUUAUUUUUGGGUUUUUUCAGCUCAUGGUCUGUUUGAAUCGAACUCUUUUUUCGGAAUACGCAGAUUUCGGCAUGGCGAGUUUCCCCAGACCGUUGACUGCCGGGGGCAGCCGUCGACCAGUUGUGUCCCAGGAAGACUACAGGUGUCAGAAAUGUCUCCAGAAGGGUCACUUCACCUAUCAGUGUGAAGGAAAGAGGAAGUAUGUGGAACGUGACUCAAGGACCCGUCAGAUGCUGCGCAGCAUGAAGCAGAAGGAGGAAGCGGCAAAACUGGACAUGAUGCGGAAGAGUGCAUCGUCUUCAGAAGACAGGAAAAAGGACAAGAAAAAGAAGAAAAAGAAGAAGAGCAAGGAUAAAAGGGAUAGCUCUACUGACUCAUCUGACUCGGACACCUCCUCUUCCUCCUCAAACACAUCAUCUGCGCCUUCUCUAACAGAGUACUUCACUCUUGAAUCGGAGUUUAUUUCCCGUGGGCCAAGGCUCCCUCAGGGCCUCCCAUCAUAUAGCCAAAUCGUCGAAGGAUUCAGCAGACUCUUCCCAAAGUGAGUCUUCGUCGGAUUCAUCCUCGUCCGACUCCUCUUCCUCCUCCAGCAGCUCGGAGGAUUCGGAUUCAUCAUCGUCGUCAUCAUCUUCAUCGUCAUCUUCAAGUGAUUCAUCAUCGUCCUCAGAUUCCUCAUCAGACUCAGAGCAGGAACCAAAGAAGAAGAAAAGCAGGAGAAAAUAGUUUUGUUGUGGUUGUUGAUGUUGCCCCCCUUUGUUUAGUGCUAUAUAAAAUGUGUGUGUCUGUGAGUGGGAUGCUUGUUUGGUUGGAUAUAGAUUGUACUUUUUGGAUUGUUCGAAA